AUGAUGGAUAUCCAGCCCAUCGUAGCCUUCCUCAGGAGGACGUACCUGUGUCCAGAAGUCGAUCCGGCAUGGGUACGAGACUGCGUACAAGCUCUGACGGAUGCAGGUAGACAAGUGUCCAUCGAUGAGGUGCAUACCCAAUUCCUCUAUUCCGACUUAUCUCAAUCCACCUUACUUUCCCGUUCCUUCCCCCCGGUCCAAACCGAGCUACAUGAGAUUGUCCUUUUCCCUCGACCGACUAUACUCCAGAUCCACCAUGUAUCGGAGAUCGGUCAUUCGGCAUUCCAAAUUCAGCAUACGAUGGAACAGCGUUCAGAGGUGUUAUCAGGACAGACACUGAUAAGAAGGAUGGAUGAUGAGGAAGAAAAUGAAAAUGAAGUUGAUAUUGGGAAAGUACCACCUUAUCCUAGGAGUAUGCUAAAAUUGGAGCUGAGUGAUGGAAGGAGGACUGUGAAGGCGAUGGAAUAUAGGAGGAUAAAUGGUUUGGUCCUAGGUCAAACUUCUCUAGGAUGCAAACUGGUAUGUCAGAACGUAAAGUGUUUAAGGGAUACUUUGCUCUUGACACCAGAAAACACGCAAGUCAUUGAAAGUUCCGUUGAACACCUGGAAGCAAUCCAAAAAGAACAAUUCCUCAGUGAUCUUAAAAGAAGGAUGGGUAAACUCGACAAUGAUCCGAAUGGGUCUAUACCUAAACGAAAAGUCAAACCGCCCCCAGCUGUUCGACCGAAACCUUCUGCUUCUGCAUCGGCAUCUUCCUCUCGGCCUGCCAAUCUCAAUCCCCCUAAAAUAUCUCAGCCUAAACCUCGAGUUCAAUCUCCUGAUAUCAUACCUGCUGCUGGACCUUCCCGAUCACGAUACUUCCCUCCUCCUCCUGCUGCUCGAUCUAAUGAUGUCCCAUUAUUUGAUCCACCCUCAUCUCCUCAAUUGGUCAAGCCAAUCCCGAUCCGAGCGAAGGGCGUCAAGAGAAGACAAUCUAUCGAAGAGAUUGAAACCUCGACGAAUGCCCCUACACCUCAAGCAAGAAGAUCUAGAGCAGCAGCUAAAGCAGCUGCUACGAAGGUCCACCAACUAUACCAUGAUAUACCGAAUGGUAAAUUUACGGAAUCAGAUGAUUAUGAUGAUCAAGAUGAAGAUGAAUUUGAUUAUGACGUGGAUGUAGAUGAGAGUUUUAUAAGGCAGAUUGAUGAAGUUACUGCUAAAGCUUCCGCUUCUGGAUCUGGAUCUGGAUUUAGAGACUCGAAGAAUAAUGAUGUUUACGAUUUCGAUGAGGAGGAAGAAGACGAAGAAGAUUUCAUGAUUCUAGAUGAAUCGAUGAUCCGACAGAUUGAUAAAGUAACGAAUUCACAUCAGAAUGCAGUCAAAGGGAAAGGCAAAGCAUCGCCGGUGGGCAGAGGGAAGCAGAUGAAAAGGAAUGGGAAGUAUCAUGAUCCCGACGAAGAUGAUAACGAGGUUACAUUUGAUGACGAUAGUUUUCAUGUGGAUGAGAGUUUCUUAAAGCAUUUAGAUGAGAUGGAAUAUGAUAGACAAAGAAAAUUAUCAUCUCAAAAUACCAAUCCCAACAAAUCGUCUCAGUCAAAUACGUCCAAGCGAUUGCGACCCGAUGGUGGAAGUAGAAGUAAGAGAAGGAGAUCUACUAGUCCCCUGGAAGAUUCGUUAAAGGAGAAUGUCCAACCAGAGAUUAUUGAGAUUUCCGAUUGA